UCAGUUGAUUGAUCCUAACAAAAUUUUUUUCGUAACAAGUUUAUGUCAAAAAAUCCAUACAAUCCUUUCAUGUGUGUACAAUCAAUGUGUGUAGUGAUGCGUGAUAAGAAUUUACGUCAUACUAUUUGAAUUUACAGUCGAAUUCGUACACUUAAAAAUAUUAUUAUAUUUCAAUUCUUAAUGUAAGUUGAUCUUUAUCCAUUAUUGACUUAACAAAAAUAACUGAUGAUAUAUGUGACUAAUAAAAAGUGUUAACCUUAAACUUAUAAUUCUUAAAAGCGAAUAUUGAAUACUCUAUAAUUAAAUAUCAACAAUUUUCCUUGACAAAGUGAAUAACAGUUCUAAUUAACAAAAUUCAAUUAUUCAAACUAAGAAGUAAUAAUAAAUGCCAAGUAUUGCUCUUCAUUUGUUAAUAAUCUUAAUUGAUUAAGGUCAUGGAAGAUGUGACUAACACUUCUGUCUUAACAACGAUUUUUUUGAACAACCUGGAGGAUAUAACAACAGAUAUGACUAGACUAAUAAACAAUGGAAGCACUACAACUGGUGGUAGUUAUACAGAAUCAUCAACUUCAUAUAACAAUGACACUACACAAUCAUCUUUGGGCAUUCUAAAAGAAGUCACUAGUCAAGCAACGCUUAACAAAUCUACCAAAAGCUGUACAACGACAACCACUGAGGAGCCAUUUGAUGAAUUUGGUCCCCCUGAAGGAGUAGAAUAUAUUUUUGUACCUCUUGGGGUCAUGAUUUUCGUAAUAAUCUUAUCUGCUGUGGUUUUAAUUAUUUCUCGUCGUCGAAAGCUGGAGCGAUUGCGACAUAGACUAAUGCCUCUAUACAAUUUCGAUCCUGGUGAAGAAGGAGAAGAUGACUGGGAAACUGAACUACUUGAUGAAGGCAUCGGAAGUCGUCAACGAAGAAAUUAAAAUUAUUAGCAAGGAUACCAAUCAAUGGACAGCGAAGAGAAUGCGGAGCUAUUCAGUCGCUGACGUAAGGUUCCUCGGAGUAAUCAAACUCCUGCGGACGAUAAUCCAAUGCGAAUACCGCCUAGGUUUUUAUCAACUACCAGUAGCAAGUCUGGAGAUACAAAAGAAGCAAUAGAAAUGGAAUCAAUUGAUGAAGAUGUCUGCUGACAGUGUUCUCGUACCACGAAAAUUUAGCGAAAUAAUAUGAUAAAAAGUAAAAGUAAGCAUAAACAUAAGAAUUGUGAAACAAAAUAUUUCAAAGAUACAAAAUCCGUGAUUUUUAUAUCUAAAAGGACAUUUUUGUUCUUAUGAAUGAGAAAAAAGCACAUGGGUAACAAAUGGACUUAAUUUAUUGAAAUUAAAUAAUUGAUAAACUGUUUUAUAAGUUGGAAUAAGCAUUUUUGUUGAAAGCUGAUAUCCAUCAACUGACUUUAAAUCGAUAUAAAUGUUUUAUAUCGCAAAAUAAAUUGAAUGACUUUUAUAAAUAGUACCAAAGAGUAUUCAAGUAAAAUUGGAAAAAUAAAGCUAAUUCGUUACUUAUUGAUCAUUAUAAUGAUCAACUUAUGAUGCACAAAAUGAGAUUAUUGUUUAGAAGUUAGAAUUAUUUUAGAUUAGGAAAAUACAGAUUAUUUUCUAUUUUAUAAUUUUAAUAGACUUCGUUUCAUUGAAACUAUAAAAAUAUUUAAAUUAUAAAGAAAUCUUUAUUGAAAAAAUAUU